GGGUCGGGGUCAUGUGUUUUUAACAUGCUGGUUAUUUAUUUUUGCUUGAUUAGUUGCUGUACAGUGUCACUGUCAGCAUGUAACAUUGCAAUAUAUAUACACAGUAGUACAUGUCUUUAACCUCCUGAGCGUUCACAAGCUGUAUGUCUUUUUCUCAAGUAGGUGGCCAUCCAAACUCGAUCCAAUUGACCGAAGAUGGGUCACUUCUCAUCAAACCGGCAUUACCAUUAGAACAUGAAUUUUACACACUCAUGGCGCAGGCGAGGGCUAUGGAUUCAAUGGGUUUGGCAGGAGGCGAGGGAGAUGGGGUCGGCAAUGAAGGAGCACUCAACGAACGAACUUUACACGGUCUCAAGAACCUUAAACGAUUGAGCAGAUUCGUGCCAGAGUUCUAUGGGACAUUGAGGGAAGAAAGUAUCGAUGUAGAGACGUUGAAUGCGGAUUCGAAGGACAUUGGUGACGGAGGCAUUGGAGCGAUGAUGUUCAAGGAUACAUCGAAUGCUAUGGUCGACGCUGUUGCCCUAAACAAAUCUUCACGUCAGCAUCUAGUGUUAUCAAAUCUUCUCCACUCUUUCACUAAACCCAACGUCCUUGAUCUCAAGCUCGGCACUGUCUUGUAUGAUGAGCUAGAUCUAGAAUGUAGCGAGGCCAAGAAGGCUCGGAUGAUAAAGGCGGCCAGAGAAACAACUAGCGGAGUGUGCGGGAUACGAAUAACUGGAUUUCAAGUUCAUCCUCAACCUUCCGCUUCCCCUGUGAACACCGGCACGAACGCAGUUUCUAAACAACUCACUCCAAUAAUCACAACUAAAUUAUAUGGCAAGUCACUCAAGAAAGAACAGCUCCCUGAGGGAAUGAGGAGAGUAUUUCCAGUUUUGGGUGAACCUGUCCCCAUCGCUAUCCCUGAAACUACGUCUGCUGCGGGAUCUGCUUCGUCUUCCGGCUCAUCCACGCCAUUCGAAGCCUACACCUCCUCGACCGCUUCCUCGAACGUCCCAUACUCUGAUUCCACAUUCAAACAGCUUCGCACAGACCUUGGUCUUCCUCCUGACCUUCUUCUUCCGAUCUUACGCUCAAUCUAUACCUCGCUUACACACCUCCAUUCAAUUAUGCAGGGAGUCGAACUACGCAUGGUCGGAGGCAGUUUGCUGGUAGUAUGGGAAGGAGACGAACAGAGGGCACGGGAGGGAGUUGAGUGGAUGAAGGAGAGAGAAAUCAAGAUUACGGAGAGAAUACGACAGGAGGCUGAUGUCGAAGGGAAUGAAGACGAUGAUAGUGAGUAUAUUGAUAGUGACGAUGAUGAUGAAGGAGAUACGUCCAGUGACGAAGACAACGAGAAUGUGUCUGCGCACGAACCUAGCCCCGAUAGCGCUAGCGCGUUAACAGACGAGACUAACAUCGCUUCAAAAUCCAAAUCCAAACCUUCUUCGAAGUCCCAUCGCCGGAAACCGUCUGCACCAUAUGCUUUAUCCCUCAUCGACUUCGCGCACACGCGAUUCGUUCCUGGGCAAGGUCCUGAUGUUGGAGUGUUACUGGGGUUGGACACGUUUGCUAAGCUAAUUGAGGGAAGAAUUCUCGAGGUAGGAAGACAAGGCUCGAAAUGAAGUAGAGUAGUUAUUCAUUUAAUACAGACAUCUGCUGUGAAGAUUCAUGAAUUCUCUCUGCGAUGAAAAAAAAAAUAUGACCAGAGUCUCG